CAGUCUAUUGAAAAUUAAUACGAAAUUAGUCUCAUAUUACCAAAUUUUUUGAAGAUUUAUAAACCUCUCCUCCCAGCUACUUGAAGUAAAUAUUCAUCUUUUUAAUAAUGGCACACCCGAGUUACAGACUCUUAAGAAAAAUCGAAAAUGCCUCCUCCAUAAUACAGCCAACAGGUAAGUUUCCGUACGAGCUGCUACCUAUUUGAGACACAAUUUUAAUGUCUAAUGGACAUUGUAACACCCGGCAGACCUGGAAUGGGGAUGGGAUCCCAUGGAAGCAACGACUGACGUGAAUAUAGCUGGAGACUCGUUCGACAUUGUGUUACAUCCAAACUCCAGUCGAGGAACGGGAGCGGUAAGAGGUGAUACUCCUUUCGUACCCGGUCAAAUCUACUAUUGGGAAAUUGAAGUGAACGGUUCUCAUACAGCUACCGACAUGGUAAUACAUUAUCAACAAUUUUAGUUUUGUUAGAUACCUAGUGGGUAAUUUCUGCUGAAUAUUUUGUAUUAGUAUAGUACGUUGACUCAAAAACAUUAUUUAUGAACUUGUAGAUAGUUGGGGUUGGCACAAAUGAUUUUGAUUUGAAAAGUUCUGAAGACGAGUAUUGUAGUUUAAUAGGAUCAGAUAAAAAAUCUUGGGGAUAUUCAUACAUGGGUAAGUUAAAAUAUUUUUUAUUUAUUUUAUGGAUUUAAAAUGGGUGUUAUUAUAAUACGCUUUAUUUGUAUAUAUUAUAGGUGUCAAACAUCACAAUGGAGAACGAUCGGCAUAUGGACUUAAGUUUGACAAAAGUAAACCAUUAAUAGGUGUACGAUUGGAUAUGUGGAGAGGAACAUUGGAAUUCUUCCACAACCGUAAUCCAUUAGGUAUGCGUUAAAUAUAAUUAAGAGUGAUACGGUAACUGUGCUAAAUAAAACAAAAUAAUUUAUUUUACAUAAUAUUCAUCAGGUGUAGCUUUUAGAAAACUCAAUAAAGAACAUCUCCUAUAUCCCAUGGUGUGUUCUACUGCAUGCCGAACUCAAUUCAAAGUCAAAUACUGCCGUUCAUUGCCUGUUAAUCUACAACUUCUGUGUUUACAAGUACUAGACUCUUGUAAUGAUUCCUUAAUACCUCCUGGACUUUUGAAAAACAUUUCGGAAUCUUGGUGGAUUCAAAAAUUUUGUUCGUCAUAAACAAAAAUUAAGAGAUCAGUUUAUCAGUAGUGUAUUCUGUAGGGGUGUAUGGGAAUUAUCCAUGGCUUUUAUUUUCACCGGUCUAGUUUCUCAAAGAAAAAAUAGAUUUUUAGUUUUCAUUAUUUAUCUAGAAGAGAUCUAUACUUUAACUAUGUUUUCAAUUAAGUAUUAUGAAUAAACAAAACAAAUGGAAUAUUUAUCUGUUUCUAAUUUAAAAAUAAAUUAUGCAGUUUUUUUAUGUACAAGGGUUUUUGUUUAAUAGGGGCAAUGGUAAAAUAAUUACCUAUUCAAUUUCCAAAAUAAACUAACAAUGAUAGUUUAGGUUAACAAAACAACAUACCAUUGAUAAAGCAGAAUAAUAAAACAGUCUUCAUAAUAUAUAUGUUUUUUUUUUAAAUUUACCUGGUGUGUUGUUACCCUCCCCCCUCCCAUUUAAAAUUUCCACACACCCUACUAACGGACUUUGUAAAACUGGUCUUAUAUUUUUUCAUGACUUUUACCUAAAAUGCAUUUUCCUGAUAUUUUAGUUAUAUUUAUAAUAUUGUAUUAAUGUUUAAUAUUUAAACUAUUACUUUUAUACUAGCCUUAAUUUGCUGAAUGUUUUUAAUUUUAUUUCUGUUAUAUUGUACUCUUAAUUGUUACAAUAAAAAUAUGUAUAUGCUAUAUUAAAACAUUAGUUUGUAAUGUAUAGAACAUAGUCUACUCUACCUUAAAGUAAUGUACAAUUAAUUCAAAUCUGUAAACAUAUUUUAUAAAACAUUGUAGACAUUUAACUUUUUUCAAAGUUAAUAUUACCUAACCUAACCUUAAUACAGUUAACUCGCAAUGUAACGUUUACACUUGUAAAAUAUUGAAUAUUUUAGUUGUUUAUAUAUUUGUAAUAUUAUUUAUUAUAUCUAAACUUAAUAUAAUCAUAUAUAUGUUUAUAUAAGUAAUAUAAUUGUAUUCGUAUAUAUUCAACGGGUUUCGUCCUAUGGGUAAAACAGUAAUUACAACAUUGAAAUAAUAGUAACAAUUAAAAAAAAUAAAAUAGAAUCAAUAGCAUAUCAUUUGAAUAGAAUGCAAUAUAUACUUUUCAAAAUGAUAACAUUCAGAAAUUUGUAAUUCAGUUGAAAAUAGGAUUGUAUUUGUCAACUAUUGUCAAAUUGCACACAUCAAGAUACAUACAUAGUGUUUUAACUAUUUAAGAGUACCAAAAAUAUGAAUAUGAUUUUUGUUUAUUUUCACAACGGCCAAUUUAAAAAUAUUAAAUACAUACCAAAUUUUUUUUUUUUAAGAAAAAUGUACCUGUGUAAUGACU